UUCAGUUCUUUGGUUAUGAUUGUUAUACAAUUGACAGUGAAAUAAUCAGCUUCAGGAAAAAUGUUGAAGUUAAUGAAAAGACCUCAUCUAAUAUUAAGUUGUAGGACGUUUUAUGUAACGCCUAAAAAUAAUUGUGAAGAUGAGCCAAUUGAGAGGCUCUCCUGUGUUGAAGAGAAGAUAGGUUUCAUAGGGGAUGGAAAUAUGGCUAAAGCUAUUUUCAAGGGAAUUGUGAAUAAAUGUCUGAUACAGCCUAAUCAAGUAAAUGUUUCAAGUCCCUACAUUAAAAAUUUGGAUGUAUGGAAAGAGAUGGGUGCUUGUGUGAGCACUGACAACGCAGAGAUUAUGGAAAUAUCAGAUGUUGUAUUUCUUGCUGUGAAACCUCACAUAUUACCAGAAGCUAUAAAGAAUAUAGAGAAGAGUCCACAUGCAGCUAAUAUCAAGAACAAACUGUUUUUAUCCAUAUUGGCUGGUUAUAAGAUAUCUAAAUUAGAGAAGAUGUUGUCCUGUUUCGAGGGGGCGCGCGUCGUGCGCUUAAUGCCUAACACCCCGAUGAUGGUUGGUGCUGGUUGCACGGCAUUCUGUCCAGGUCACGGAGUCACUGAGCACGAUUUGAUGAUAGUCAGAGCUAUA